ACAGAGCUCGUACUAAUUGACAAUGAAUUCAGAAAAUUAUGGUUCAACUCAUAAUUUUCUGAGUGAGAUUCGUCAAUCCUUAUUGAAGACGAAUUAUACGGAUUUGACCAUUGCUGCGAGCACCACAAGCGUCAUAGCUUUGAUGCUGCUGGGAUCCUGCAUUUGGUGUUACGCCUACUAUUGCAAACGAAGAAAAAGCGAUAAGGGGAAUAAGGCCGCUGACGACCUUCUUGAUUCCGGUCAUUCGAGUACCACACCUUCUGAAGGUAAAGUGGAAUCGUUCUUUUCGGGAUGGAAAUCAGAAAACAAUGGGGGUACAGAAAAACCAAAAAUGAACGGAUCUAAUGGAAAGAGCAAGACAGGGAUUUCCAAAAAUAUUAUCACUCCAAACAAAAAUAUCGAAUUUGUCAUUCCAACCAUCUCACUGCCAGCUCAGCCAAUUUCUACGGAUAGAGAAAUUCGCUCCGAGCUUCCGUCAUGUUCAAAAAGCUUGUCAAUUUCACAGUGCUCCAUUCCCAAGGAAUUUUAUCCACAACUGAUUCAAGGAGAUGCUGAAAAUCCCAAGAUUGGCUUUAGCCUUUACUACGAGGCAGCCACUCAAAUACUUUACGUGCGACUUCUCGGAGGAAGAAAUAUUCCGGAGAAUGUGCGACAUUGCAUUUCCGUUAAGCUGUACCCAGGUCGUGGGGGGAAGCAAAAGACCUCAGAAUUCGAAGAAGUGUCUCCUGUGUACAAUCAAGAGUUUAGUUUUCACAUCAGGAAGUCCACUCUUAGCACAAGGGUGCUAAGAUUCAAAGCAGUCAUACAAGAAACGCCAAAGAAGUUGAUUGGCUUUCUUAACCUGGCAUUGAAAGAACUUCCAGGGUUUGAGAUGGGCGACAAUUCUUCAGAUCUGCAAAGUACACACAUUUGGAGAUUCCUUGAAAGCGGUUCUACCGAAACUUUGGUUGGUGAUGGAAUACGACUCAGAGUUUCUUUGAUGUGGCAAGAACAACCUCCUCCGGGUCUAUUGACGCUAAAAAUCGUUGAAGCGACAGGUCUUCACGCAACCAGUGCGAGCGAAUAUACUUCGACACAUGUGAAAGUUACAUUGCAAGAGCAAGGACGAUGCAUAAAGUCACGAAAAACACGCCUCGUUCGCUGGGGGUCUGUUCCAGUGUAUGACGACGUUUUCGUCGUGACCAUCCCAAAAGAUUUGCUCAGUCAAAUAGCAUUUCGUCUAGAAGUGAUUGCAAGAGGACGACUGGGAUCUAAGGUCAUUUUGGGAAAGAUCAGCAUUGGUUCCAUGCCUUAUGCUAGCCCAACGACUGAAGGGAUGGAAUUUUGGGAAGACAUGUGCCAUGUACCAAACACAGAAACAUUGCGAUGGCUUCAGUUAGUUAUGUAAAUAAUAAUUUAUUAUACAUACAUCACAUUAACCUAAAUAAUUAAGCAGAUCGAAAUCAAUGAAUCAAUGAAAAUGAACGGCGGAUGAAUAAACUAAUUUUUUGUAAAAUGCUCAAAGAAAUAUUGAA